AUGGGAAAAGGAAGCAAAAAAGAGAGCUCUUCGGAGUCAGAUCGUCCUGUGAUAAAAGACACGAGGUUUUCAUCGGUCCACAGCGAUCCAAGGUUCAAUUUACCUAAUUUGAGAAAUGUCAAGGUUAAAGUCGAUGAGCGUUUCAGUAAGAAGGAGUUGAGCAAAUUGAACGAAGGGGCUUUGGGAAAGAAGGUUAAAAUUGAUAGAUAUGGGAGAAAAUUGAAGGAUAAAGACUCUGGAAAGGAUUUUGAUAAGUAUUACGAACAGGAGGAUGAGGAAUCCAGUGAUAGUGCUAGUGACGAAGAGCCAAGCGAAGAUGAAGAAGAUUCUAGUGAAGAUGAAGAAGAAAUCGCCAAAGUAGCAAGCGAAGAUGAAGAGGAUAAAGAUGAUGUUGAAAGCGCAUUUGUUGAUCGUGCUAGAGGCGAAGGUUUGGAAUCGUCUUCUGAAGACUCUUCAUCCGAUCUGGAGACUGACUCUGAAUCCGAAUCUGAAGUCGAGUCUGAGAUUGAGCUUGAAGAAGGUAAGCCAGAGGAAGGUGACCCAUCUGAUUCUUUUGCUGUUGUCAAUAUGGAUUGGGAUAAUUUAAGAGCGGUUGAUUUGAUGGCUACAUUCUUGUCCUUCGUACCAACAGGUGGCUCGAUUAAGUCCAUUAGCAUAUAUCCAUCCGAAUUUGGAAAGGAACAAAUGCAAAAAGAAGAGGUGGAAGGUCCACCUAGAGAGUUAUUCAAGAGUAAACGUAAGAAGGUUGAAUCUGAUUCCGAUGAUUCUGAUUCUGAAAUCGACAUCAAUAACAAAGACGACUUGGAAAAGGCGGCACGUAAAUUAUAUCAAGAAGAUGAUGGGGAAGAAGAUUACGAUAGUAAGGCGUUACGUCGUUACCAAUUACAGAGAUUGAGAUAUUAUUACGCUGUUGUUAGAUGUGAUUCGAUCUCGACUGCAAAGAAAAUCUACGACAGCUGCGAUGGUACCGAAUACGAAUCCACUGCCAACAUAUUCGAUUUGAGAUACAUUCCUGAAGGAAUGGAAUUUGAUGAAAGCGAGUCGAAAGAUACAUGUACCAAGAUUCCAUCUAAUUAUAAACCAAACUCUACUUUCGUGACGGAUGCAUUGCAACAUUCCAAGGUCAAAUUGACAUGGGAUGAAACUCCUAAAGAAAGAUUAAAUGUUUCAACAAGACAAUUUUCCCAGAAGGAAAUCGAUGAAAUGGAUUUCAAAGCAUAUCUUGCCUCUGAUAGUGAUGAAAGUGACAAUGAAGCUACUAAUAAUGAUUUGAAGAAUAAGUAUCAAAGUUUAUUGGGUAAAGGAUUCUCUAGUAAAGAUGCAGAUAAUAAAGAAGAUGAUGUAGAUAUGGAAAUCACUUUCAACCCUGCAUUAACCGAAGCCGAGAGUAAGGUACCGCAAGAAGAAGAGGAAAAAGAAGAAUCCACCAUUGCUGCAUACAAGCGUAAGGAAAAGGAACGUCGUAAGCGUAGAAUGGAGAAGUUUAAGGAAACGCAAGAAGAAGAGAAUGCUGCUCAAAAAGAUACCGAGAAAAAUACUAAGGCAACUAAAGGCAAAAAGACCAAAGGCAAGGUCUCUCAUGAUGACGAUGAUAAGGCUAAGGCUCAAUUAGAAUUGGUCAUGAUGGAUGAAGAAAAUGGCGACUCAAACGCCCACCACUUCAACAUGAAGGAUGUCAUUAAACUGGAAAAGCAAAAGAACAGAAAGGGCAAGAAGAACAAGAAGAAUAUUGACAGCGAAAUGGUCCAGGAUGACUUCAAGGCCGAUUUGAAUGAUCCUCGUUUCAAGGAAAUCUUUGAAAGCCACGACUACGCCAUUGAUCCUACCAGCAGUGAAUUCAAAAAGACUAAUACCAUGAAGAAAAUCUUGCAGGAACGUUCCAAGAGAAAUCUCAAUGAUCCAGCUGAGCACAAUACCAAGAAGCAAAAGAAGAGUGCUACAAAUGAACAGAACUCAAACGAUCUUAACAACUUGGUGAAUAAAUUGAAACGUAAGCAUAACAAGAAGUAA